AUGUACCCCUACUCUGCUAGCAUGGGUAACCGAUGGGAGUCCGUGAACUUCGAGCAACCUUCGUCAUUUGACACGACGGCUAUGAAUGAUGAGCUCAAGCGUUCUGUUAAGGGAGAUCUUCGGUUCAUUAAAAGGAAAGAUUUCUACAAAAGAAUAGGGAAAGCUUGGAAGAGGGGUUACUUGUUGUACGGGCCACCGGGGACCGGGAAGUCUAGUCUAGUGGCAGCUAUGGCUAACUACCUCAAAUUCGAUAUCUAUGAUCUCCAGCUCGCAAGCGUGCAUGGGGAUUCUUUUCUAAGGAAGAUGCUUCUCAAAGUUAAAAGCAAAUCGAUUCUUGUCGUAGAAGAUAUAGACUGCUCUCUUGAUUUGCCUACAAGGUUGCAUCCUGCAAUGACAACCCCUGGUGCUCCCAAGGUUUGGUCUUGA